UCUGUUGUUUUGUUCUUUUUUUUUAAGCUGACAGAGUUGUUGCAGUGGUAUGCAGCCACCUUUAGAGACCCCAUGAUGCUCCAGCCCCCAGAGUGGUUUAAGGCGUUUAUAUAUUGCGAAGCCUUCUUACAAAUGCCUUUCUUCCCCAUUGCAGUAUACGCCUUCUUAAAAGGUGGCUGCAAAUGGAUAAGGACUCCUGCAAUUAUCUACUCCACCCAUGUAGCUACAACUUUGUUUGCUAUCCUUGCGCAUAUCCUGUUCCACGAUUUCUCAAAGUCUGAGCAUUUGGGACCUCAGACACAACGUGAGCGCCUGAUUCUACUAUCUAUAUACAUGCCAUACUUGCUGAUACCACUUCUGAUUCUCUUUACCAUGCUCUACAACCCCUAUUAUAACCAUGUGGAGAAAAGGAAAAGGAAGUAGUCCACUCUAGAAGUUGUACACACAACACUCCU